GAAGCCGGCGGCGACGAUGGACGAGCCUUCGGAGAGGGAGGAGGAAAUGAGGACCAGGCUGCGCCGGAAACGCAGCGCUGCUCCUGAGCCGGCAGGGAGGAAGCCGUGCGGGGCGGGAGGCUGCGCGAAGCGGCGUUGUGGUGGCCGAGCAUCCUCUCCUCCUCCACUCGGCGGCGGGGGAAGCGCCCUCGGGGGCCUGCCGGGGACCAUGGCCUCCUGCGGCGAAGAGGCAGCAGCCGUUGAGGGCGGCGAGGAGCUCUCGAACGGCAUGAACCUGAUGGACUUCUCGGACGAGAUCCUCUUGCACAUCCUGAGGUACAUCCCAGUCUCCGACCUCAUCCUGAACGUCCGGAGAGCGUGCAGGAAACUGGCUGCUCUCAGUCUCGACAAAAGCCUCACCCACUUGGUGAACCUGCACAAGGACUACCAGGUGGACAAAGACAAGGUGAAGCAGCUCAUGCGGGAGAUCGGGAAGGAGAUCCACGAGCUGAACAUGGCCGGCUGCUACUGGCUGCCCGGCUCCACCGUCGACCAGGCGAUCCACUGCAAGAACCUGGCGCGGCUGAACCUGUCCGGCUGCCACCUGACCUCCCUCCGCCUCUCCAAGAUGCUCUCGGCCCUGCAGCGCCUGCGCUCGCUGACCAUCGACGUCAACCCGGGCUUCGACGCCUCCCACCUGAGCAGCGAGUGCAAGGCCACCCUGAGCCGGGUGCUGGAGCUGAAGCAGACCCUCUACACCCCGUCCUACGGGGUGGUGCCCUGCUGCACCAGCCUGGAGAAGCUCCUCCUCUACUUCGAGAUCCUCGACCGCUCCCGCUUCAUCCUCUCCGGCCAGCUGAUGGUGGGUGAGAGCAACGUGCCCCACUACCAGAACCUCCGGGUCUUCUAUGCCCGCCUCGCCCCCGGGCUGGUCAACCAGGAGGUGGUGAGGCUCUACCUGGCGGUGCUGAGCGACCGGACGCCCGAGAAGCUCCACGCCUUCCUCAUCUCCGCCCCCGGCGGCUUCGCCGAGAGCUGCACCGUCAAGAACCUCUUGGACUCCAUGGCCCGGAACGUGACGCUGGACGCCCUGCAGCUCCCCAGGUCGUGGAUGAACGGCUCCAGCCUCCUCCAGCACUUGAAGUUCAGCAACCCCGUCUACUUCAGCUUCAGCCGCUGCAGCCUGUCCGGGGGCCAGCUGGUCCAGAGGGUCCUGAAUGGCGGCAAGGACCUCCGCAGCCUGGUGGGCCUGAACCUCAGCGGCUGCGUCCACUGCCUGUCGCCGGGCUCCCUGUUGCGGAAGGCGGAGGACGACAUCGACAGCGGCAUCGUGGAGACCCUCGUCACCUCCUGCUGCAACCUCCGGCACUUGAACCUCUCCGCCGCCCACCACCACAGCGCCGACGGCCCGGGCGAGCACCUGUGCCAGCUCCUCGCCUGCCUGAAGCGCCUACAGUCCCUGGCCCUGCCUGUCUGUGCUGUCGCUGACCUUUCUGCCCUGGCCGCCGACAAGCCGUCCGUGCAGCCGGCGAGCGGGGCCCCGUCGCAAGGCUUCGGGAAGAAAGUCCGGAUCGGGGUGCAGCCUUGGCCCAGGAACUGCCUGGAGCUGGGGAACACCAAGCCCUCCGUCUUCUGGACUCUUCUCGCCAGCCUCCCCUAUCUGAAGAAGCUGGAGCUGAUCGGGUCCAGUUUCUCCUCAGCCAUGCCCAGGAAUGAGCCGGCGAUCCGGAACUCGCUGCCCCCCUGCGGCCGGGCGCAGCACGUGGGGGACUCGGACGUGGCCGCCAUCGGCCAGCUGGCUUUCUUGCAGAGUCUCACCUUGGCCCAGCUGCCCAAUAUCCUUACCGGCUUGGGGCUGAUCAGCAUCGGGGCCCGGUGCCAGCAUCUCCGGACUCUUUCCUUGGCCAACCUGGGCAUGAUGGGUAAAGUGGCGUACAUGGCGGCCCUCAUGGACAUGUUGAAACACUGCAAAUGUCUGCGAGAUCUCAGACUUGAGCAGCCCUACUUCAACGCCAACGGCCAGUUCUUCCAGGCCCUGAGCCACUGCUCCUCCCUCCAGCGCUUGUGCAUCAUCUCCCGAAGGGGGACACUGCAGCCGGACGCCGUCGCGGCCUUCAUGACCGCUUGCCUCGAGGUGGUCAUGCUGCACAUGUUUACGGGGGAGUCCCUGACGGCUUGCAAGAGCCUCCAGCAGUCCCUGAUACGGAGUUUCCAGGCUGACCGGCCCGCGCUAAACAUUGUGAUCUUCCCCCUCCUCCAUGAGGACUUGACGGAGGUCAUCCGAGAUGUCCCCAUGAUGCACUUGGACGAGAUCACCCUGUUCAAAAGCCGAGUGGCCGAGGAACCGCCGAACCUGUGGUGGUGAUCGCAUCAUAACAAGAGUGCGGGGGGGAAUCUUUGGAAUGAGCAUGUGCAAGCGGCUUCUUAUCAUUGGCUGGGAUUCCCCAUUAUCGACCCUUGUGGCUGCUUUACCGGGCGCUGUGCAAUCGUGGGGGAGGCCUGCCUGGACGUGGAGUGGGCUGAACGGAUCCGUUGGACAAAGACUCGGCCUUGAGCUUCUAAUAUUUAUUCAUUUUAAUUUCUAAACCGUCACCUUUGCCGAGCUUUGUGGUGGGUUAUAUUUGGGAAACGGGGGGCGCCUUGCCGUUAAAGUUAGGCCCCAGGCAACUUUAAAUGCCUCUUAACUGGGACAAACACUGGCCCUCUUUCCCCCGUUGUCCCCUUGGUCACUCGUUCUCAGACUGCGCCGGCUUUUCUCGUUAAGUGACUGUUUUUCGCUGGAGUGUCUUAAAUGGCCUUGUGAACGCAUACAGGUGCGCACGCGUGUUUAUCUCCACCAUAUCUAUUGUGGGGGUUCAGAUGUCUGUAUAGCACACAGCCAGUCCCCUUAUCCAUCCACGUGGCUUCACGGGGCCGUGGCCCAACGAGGGUCCUCCGUGCCCUAUGCCAAGCCAGUGGUCUCCUUUCAGUUUUGUACGGGCAUUUCCCCGAGUAUUGUGUCACUGCUCCCCCGAAGAGGUCAGCCAGGAAGUGCCAUUGGCCAACCCUCGUGAGUUCUGAUUUUGUGUUUAAAUGGCCUCCUAAUAAAAGUUAGGCCUAGAAACGUGUUCUCAGAAAGAAGAAUGUGAAGGUACAGAGCUGACUAUUAAAGGUGAAAUCCCUUCUUUCCC